AUGGUUGGUUCAAACCUGCGCAACAUAAGAGUGAGUGGUGAGGCUGCCAAUGCUGAUAUGGUAGCAGUCAGGGAGUUUCCUAAGCUUUUGUUGAAAAUUAUUGAUGAGGUGCUUUACAUACCAGAGCAGGUGUUUAAUGUGGAUGAGACCGGCUUAUACUGGAAGAAAAUGCUUGAUCGUACAUACAUCGCCAAAGAAGAGAAGACUAUGCCUGGUUUUAAGGCAUUGAAGGAUAGAAUUACACUCCUGCUUGGUGGAAAUGCUGCUGGUGACUGCAAACUAAAACCUUUGUUAGCGUAUCAUUCCGAAAACCCCAGAGCCCUCAAGGGUGUUAUCAAAGCUUCAAUUCCUGUUGUGUGGAAGGCAUGGAUGACUCAAGUCCUCUUCAAAGACUGGUUUUUCCAUAAUUUUUUACCUGAUGUGGAAAAUUACUGUAACAACAAAAACCUGCCCUUCAAGAUCCUGCUUGUGCUAGAUAAUGCCCCUGGUCAUCCAUCAUUCCUGGACGAUUUCCACGUCAACAUCAAAGUGGUGUACUUGCCUCCCAAUACCACCUCUGUUCUGCAGCCUAUGGACCAAGGUGUCAUAGCAAGUUUUAAAGCAUACUACCUGCAGAGAACUUUCACACAGGCUGUGAAGGAGACAGAAAGGGAGAGUGGAGUGACAAUGAGAGAGUUCUGCAAGAACUACAACAUCUACAAGGCCAUUAAGAACAUUGAUGCUUCCUGGUGUGAGGUCAAGACUUCCAACAUGAAUGGUGUUUGGAAGAAGCUCUGCCCACAAUUUGCCAAUGACUUCAAGGGAUUUGCAGAGAAUGUGGAUUCAGUGGCCAACAACCUAGUGGAACUGGGCAAGCAACUGCAUUUGGAAAUGGAGCUGACCAAUGAAGAUUUGAUGGAGCUGGAGUCACAUAGAGUCGAGGAGAAGGUCCCUGAGGAGGAAGAGGAGGCUGAGGAACCCCAAAAGUUCAACUCUAAGCAGUUGGCUGAAGAUUUCAGCAUGAUUGAGAAGGUACAGGCUUCUUUUGAGUCUCAGGACCCAAACAUUGAAAGGUUUGCAAAAGUGUCUGCAGCUGUUCAUGAUGCUAUUGCCUGCUUCAAGAUAAUUUAUGAAGAAAAGAAGAGAUUAACUGUGCAGACAUCUCUUGAUAAGUUUUUCAAGAGAGUUGAGAUGGGACACAAGGAGCAAGGGAAAUUAUAA